UACGGUUGCUACAACCGUUGCGCUUCCUAAAGUUGUUAGCUUCCAAACAGACAACUUUACUCGCCAAGUGUCAGCGCCAAGUUGAACUGAAUCUCGGUAAAUAAAGUUCGGAGCGGCUUCCGGUCCAUUGCUUUCCAUCCUGCCUGCCCCAGAGAACCAAACGGGAUGUACACCUACUCAAGUCACCCCAAACCCGUGGAGAUCCGCAAAUUCAGAGAUCUGCCCGACCCGAGCCAGCUGCAGUAUGGAAACAUUAUGUAUGAUCGUCGGGUCGUCAGAGGAAAUGUCAAUGGCGAGCAGAUUGUUUCAAAACAAAAUAAUCAAGCAGACCCCAGUAUGCAGCAAAGACAGCAGGCGUACAGAAGGAGAGCUAUUGCUCGAAAACAGGCCAAGGAACAGUUAAAAACCAAGACGCCUGAAGCUAUUCAGGGCAGACAACAUGUUGAGGUGCAAACAGACUCUUUCCUUGAGGAGCUGAGCAAUAUCAUUCAACUUACUGAGAUGGAUUGUCAGACCGACGAGUUCCUGGAUAAACCAUCGACUCCGCUCUUCAUUCCUGCCAAAUCUGGGGUAGAUGUUGAAACGCAGAUAGAGGAGGGGGAUCUGUUUGACUUUGACCUUGAGGUGCAGCCUGUGUUGGAGGUUCUGAUUGGAAAGACGAUUGAACAGUCCCUGCUGGAAGUGAUGGAGGAGGAGGAGCUGGCCUGUCUGCGGGCCCAGCAGAGGGUCUUCCUGGAGCUCCGAAACAACGAGCUGGCAGAGGUGCAGCGUCUGGAGGAGCAGGAGCGACGCUACCGAGAGGAGAAAGAGCGCAGAGUUGCCCAGCAGAAGGAGGUGCUAAAGAAGGAGCAGGAAACCGCAGAGAAGAUCGCCGCCCGGGUGUUCAGCCAGCAGUACUUGUCUGGACUCCUCCCUGCAGUCUUCACCGCUCUCAGAAAACACGGCUACUUCUACGAUCCUGUGGAGAAAGAUAUUUCAGUGAAUUUCAUACCAUGGCUCCUUGCUGAAGUCAACAAUCAAUUAGACAAGAGAUACGCAGCAAGACAAGUGCUGGACAACAUCAUCUAUGAAGUCACCCAGAAAAGACUGCAGGAGUUUAAGAAUAUCAAGUCGGAUCAGAGCAGCAAUGACUCAUGAAAAGAUCAGGUGAUCAGCAAAUGUUCCAUCAGAAAUAAAAGUCAUAAAAAAGUA